UGCCUUUAACUAUCUUUUUCUUUUGCUUCCAGUUGUAUCCAAUCCAGACACUGAUCAGUCAUAUUAUUGAUUAUAUAUUAUUAAAAUAAGUUUCAUUAUAAAAAAAUAAAUAUCAGUUUAAUAAUAAAACAUCAAAAUGAGUGAAAAUGAAGAUAAAUCUAAGGAAAAGGAGACGGGUUUUAUUGGAUCAAUCAGACGACUUUCCCGUCGAUUUUCAGGAACUCUUCUCAAUGUGGACUCUAAGGCCGGACCACAUAUGGUUCACAGCGGAAGGAAAACCAUAUAUUCAUACGAUGACGAAGAACAGCUCAGAAUUGGUGGUGUGUCAGCUGAAGAACUUAUAGAAAAAUACGGGACACCACUUUAUGUCUAUGAUGUGAAUCGUUUGACUGAUAAUUAUAACGUUUAUUUGGGUUCACUAAAGAGUAUCAAAAAUUUUAUGCUUUGUUAUGCCGUCAAAGCAAAUCCAAAUUUAGCGUUAAUCGACAUUUUUGCACGACUUGGCUGUGGGUUUGAUGUUGUUUCCGGCGGAGAGCUAUCCAGAUGUUUGUCUGUUGGUGUCGACCCAUCAAAGAUAGUUUACAGCGGAUGUGGUAAAUCAAUUGAGGAAAUUGAUUACGCGGUCAGAUCUGAAAUUCACUGCAUUAAUGUCGAGUCGUGGCUGGAGUUGGAGCGCAUUGAGGACAGGGCUCGCACUCAUAAUAAGACACAAAACGUGUCGAUCCGUAUAAAUCCUGACGUGAAUCUCGAAGGCCAUUCGCACCCAAAUAUAUUAACAGGUUCUUCACAUCACAAAUUCGGAGUUCCCAUUCACGAAGCGCCGGAAAUAUUCAAUAGAGCCAAAGCAUCGGCUCAUUUGAAAGUAAAGGGAAUAUCAUGUCAUUUAGGGUCAGGUAUUCAUCAAUUGGAGCCAUUUAUCGAAGCGCGAGACAAACUGUUGAGUUUGGCCGAUGAGUUGAGACAAGAAAACCGUAUUUGGAUCGAACACAUCAAUCUCGGCGGUGGGUUUGCCGCACAAAUAGCCACUAAUCUCAAUGUUCCUGACAUUCCCGGAUGGGUUGAAAAACUAGCCAAACCUAUCACUGAUAGGGGACUUAAAUUAGUCCUCGAACCGGGACGCAGUCUUAUGGCUGACGCGGGAUUACUAUUGACCAAAAUAGAGUACGUCAAGAGGUUUGGGUCGUGCGGUUCUGGUACCAGUUCUCCGCGUUCAGGAUCAUUGGCCGGUCCACCGACAACACCGACAUCUAAAACACCGAUAGCUCCCAAAGCAUUUGUUAUAGUGGACACCGGAUUCAAUGAUUUUGCGAGAACUGCACUCUAUGGACAACAACACAAAUUAAUACCGACCAAUGCUAAGGUUGAUAAUCUUCCAGGUCUUCCAAUGGACUAUAAGUACGACAUCGUUGGACCAAUUUGUGAGUCAACCGAUAUAUUCUUCAAAGAUUUAAUUUUGUCACAAAAAUUGGAACCCAAUUCUGCACUUGCAAUCUGUGAUGUCGGUGCUUAUGGAAUGUCAAUGUCCAGCAAUUAUAAUUCACGGAACCGACCGGCAGAAGUGCUCAUAUCUGAUGGUCCGACCCAUACAUUAAUUAGAGAAAGAGAGAGCUAUGAGGAACAGUACGCUAAAGAAAGGAUUGCCACUGAUAUCAAUCUAAGAGCCCUUGAAAUGCUUGAAGAGUUUGCCAGUCGUGAAGAUUUGGCACAAAAUGAUGAACAGAAUGGCAGUCAAUAAAUUAUUUUUCAGAUUAACUGUAUUUGAAUUUUCCAAAUCUUUUUUUAAAUUUUAUUUUGUGCUCAAAAAUUAGUUUAUAUUU